AUGCAUGCUGUCAGUGGAUAGACCGACCCAAAACAGUACUAGAUAAUGGGCGUGAUUAAACUCACGGCUCCCCGUGGGGCGUCGUAGCUCAGGUGGUUAGGUGGUUGACUGUACUCAAACCUCGCCCCUGCUUUCGUGGGUUCCAUCUCACUGAGGCCGCCAAGUUCCCCACAACAGACAGCUAGUAGUAUAUUUUUAGUGUUACAAGAUACUAUACUAGUAGCAUAGUUACCAGCUAAAGGCUUCUAACUACUACUACUACAACAACUACUACUACUAUUACGACUGAUGCUACUACUACUACUACUAAUACGACUGCUACUACUACUACGACUACUACGACUGCUGCUACUACAACAACUAGUACUACUACGACUGCUACUACUACUACUACCACUACAACUACUACUACCACUACUACGACUGCUGCUACUACAACGACCAAUAUUACUACUACGACUGCUACUACUACUACUACUGCUACUACUACUACUACGACUGCUACUACCACUACUACUACUGCUACUACGACUACUACGACUGCUGCUACUACAACGACUACUACUACCACUACUACUACGACUGCUACUACUACUACUACUACUACUACUACUACGACUGCUACUACUACUACGACUGCUACUACUACUACUACUACUACUACUACGACUACUAG